AUGGCGUUAAACAAUGAAACUAAUGACAAGAUGGAUAUUGAUCCACCUGCUGCUGAUUCAUCUACUGUUACUCAACAAGAUGCUGCUGCUGCUGCUGUUGCUGCUGAUGUUGGUCAGACUCAAAAUCUGAGUCCUUAUUCCGAUGAACGCAGACAUCAAUCUGCUCCAUCCAAUCCAUCUAAUGAAUCUGUUCAGAUUCCUGGACCACCCAACUAUCCAAAAUCAAGUAAUGCCGCUAACCUUGAUGAACUUCUUAAGUUGCAACAACUUAAGCAAAUUUGGAGAGCAAAUGCUUCUGCAAACAUUGAAUCUGCAUUUAGUCACUUUAGAUUCAAGAGUGAUGAUCUUGCUGGUCACUCUGAAGUUGUUGAAACUGGGUUGAAAGCAUUUAAUGGAUUUAAAGAUUACUGUCUUAAUCCAGAAUUAGUUAUUGCUGCUCCUACUCAGUAUGUGAGAGGAAUCGAUUUUAUGGGUGAUCCCAAAUAUGACAAAGAAAUGUUGGAGAUUGCUGAUAGGUUGAUGGUAAAUAAGGUUUUACAGUAUGGUUCCUUAGCUUCGAAAGUCGCUCCUCGAGGCAAGACUAUCACCAUGAAGGAUAUCCUCGAUUACAUCGAGAAGUACACCGCCAUGUCGUCCGAUAGUAUUGCCAAGAGAAGACUCGAUAGCUUCUGGGAUCAUAUUGAAAAGCUGAUGAAGGAACUGUGUUUGGGAUUGAUUGAGUCAGAUACACUCUCUUUCCAAAUCACAUGUCCAAUGGACAACUUCUUGACGAAGCUUGAUCCAAGGAUCAUAAUUACUUAUGGUUUCCUUGAGAAGGGUAGUAGUCAAGUUGCCAUGUGUCGAAUUCUUGGUAAAGAGUUUACUAAGUGGGAGAAAGAUCCUACUGGGUACUCAGUUAUCACUCCUGUUGAAGUUGCUAAGUUGUUGAAUGCAGACAGAAACUUUUCGAGACGUUCAACUGGUACUUUUAGUUCUGGUAUUGACAAGUUUGCCUCCAAGGACGAGCUUAACAGUGUCACUACUAAAGGCCAAAGAAACUCGAAACCUGAAAACAAUUCCAACGGCAGCAACAACAACAAACUCAAUACUGCUGGUAAUCGUGUUGUUAAGAAGAGAAGAAAUAGGAAGAAGAAGAAGAAUGGGGUGAAUCCUAAUGAUAUUCCUUUAUCCAAGUUGAAUAUCUCUCUGGACCAAUAA